AUGGAUACUGGUGUGAAUAUAAACUCUGCUAGUGGGGUUUGUGAUGAAGGUUAUUCCACAGACAUUGGUGUAGAAGGCAGUGCUUGUGAUAUGGAAAUAUCACCCGGUAUGACUAAGUAUUGGCGUCCAAUUUGUGCCAAUAGUUUGAAGCCUCAUGUCGGGCAACAGUUUGAUUCCUUGGAUAGUGUUUUUGGUUUUUAUAAACAAUAUGCUGGCUCUGUUGGUUUUGACUGUAGGCAGAGCACAACUCGAAGGGGUAGAGAUGGUGGUAUUGUGUUGAAGCAUGUUGUAUGUAGUCGUGAGGGGUUCAAGCAUAGCCAUUGUAGUGAUGCGAAGAGGCGGAGGUUAACAAGUAGGGUUGGGUGUAAGGCUAAGGUGGUUUUUAAAUUCAUACCGAAAGGUUGUUAUUCUGUGCAUUUUUUUGAGGAACGACAUACCCAUUCGAUGUGUUCAUCUAUUGCUAAGCAGUUUUUAAAAGUCAAUCGCAAUCUUGAUGUUGGCCAUCAAAUUUUCGUUGCAAGUUGUGUUCGGGCAAACAUUGGCCCUACUCGGUCGUAUAGGUUAUUUAAGGAGAUUGUUGGUGAGUAUUCUAAUGUGGGGGCUACAAGUGUGGACUUUCAAAAUUUCAAACGUGAUUUAAUGGCUUACAUUUUGAAUGGUGAUGCUCAAUUGUUCAUAGAUACGCUGUUUAAAAGGCGUGAAUUGUGCGAAGCAUUUGGGUUUGAAUAUGAUGUUGAUGAGGCUAACCAGCUCUCAAGGGUUUUCUUGGCGGACGCAGUAUCAAGGAAGAACUUUUCUUUGUUUGGUGAUAUUGUUUCGUUUGAUGCUACAUAUCGUACUAACAGGUAUAAUCUGGUUUUUGUCCCAUUUACUAGCAUUGAUAAUCAUAAGAGAUGCAUCACCUUUGGUGCUGGGAUGCUUACGAAGGAAGACAUAGACUCAUAUGUGUGGCUUUUGGAGAGUUUUAAGAAAAUUAUGGGUCAUGAUCCUAUUUGCGUUGUUACAGAUUUUGAUCCAGCUGUGAAGGUUGCCGUUGCUCAAGUGUUUGGUGAGUCAAAACAUAGAUUUUGUAUGUGGCAUAUAAUGUGCAAGGUGGGAGAGAAGGUUGGACCGGUUUUGUCUAAAGACGAGGUGUUUAGGAGGAAGUUGAAUUGCAUCGUUUGGGAUAAUUCAAUUGAUCCUGAGGCCUUUGAGCUGCGAUGGAAUCAGAUUAUGGAGGAAUAUGGGUUGGGUGAUAAUGGUUGGUUUCGUUACUUGUUUAAGUCCCGUACAUUUUGGGCAUCUCCAUACUUUCAUGAUGAGUUUAUGGCGGGUUUGGUUAGGACCACAUCUAGAUCGGAGUCUCAAAACAGUUUCUUUGGUAGCUUCUCUAAUGGACAUUCUAGCUUGGUUGAAUAUUUGGUGCAUUAUGAAAGUGCUAUUGGUGCACAGCGGCAUGCUCAAGCAAAACUAAAUGCUGAUUGUGAAGCUUGUUUUCCCGUUUUGAAGACACCAUUGGCGUUGGAGCGGCAUGCCAUGGGUGUUUACACAAUUUUUGUGUUUUAUGAUGUUCAAGAGGAGAUUUGUGCAGCUUGUUUUUCUUGUCAAGUGGUAUCUUUGAGUGAUUCUGAUGGUUGCGUGUCUUACGUGAUAAAAGAGGGUGACCAUCGAGCAUGGGCUGUCAAUUUAGUUUUGGAUGAUAAUUGUGUAAGGUAUUUGGUGCAUCGGUGGACAAAGGGUGCAUGUUUGCACCCAAUAUUUGAUAUUGAUGGUAUAGUUGUUGAUCAAUCUGCGAAAGUGGAGAACGUUAGGCUGCUUACUAAUCUUAUGUGGUCUGAUAUUUAUGCUUGUGUGGGGUUGGCUGAUGGUAAUAUUGAUCGUUUGUCACAGAUACGAAGCGUUGUUAAUGAUCAAAGGAAAUUAUUUCUUCAAGAUGGGAGUGAUAAUGGCAGUAGCGUGGCUGUUGGUAGCAAGCAAAGUGUGAUUAAUUCGUUUUGUGAGUCUGUGUCCAAGGCCUCUUCAGUGGAAGUGCACGACCUUGUCAAAGCUAAGAACAAGGAUAGUGGUAAGCGAUUGAAGAGUGCAAGGGAGAGAGUUGCAAGCAAGUGUACAAAGCAAUCAAGGAGAUGCCACACUUGUGAUGAAUAUGGCCAUAACAGUAGGACAUGUCCUUUAAAUAAUUGA